AUGAAGAUUUCAACGAUUGGUACUGUCAUUGCAGCUGCUGUAUUUUCUUCUUCGGUGGUUCAGGCUGAUUCUAGUGAUUUACCACCGAUCAAGAUCGACGGUAAUGCAUUUUUCAAUUCAAAAAAUGGUCAAAGGUUUUAUAUCCGCGGUGUAGACUACCAACCAGGUGGCUCUUCGAAACUGCAGGAUCCACUAGCUGAUUCUGACAAUUGUAAAAGAGAUAUUCCCGUCUUCAAGGAUUUGGGUAUUAACACCAUUAGAGUUUAUAGUGUGGAUAAUUCCAAGGAUCAUUCGGAUUGUAUGGAGCAGUUGCAAGAGGCUGGUAUUUAUUUGGUUCUUGAUGUCAAUACUCCACAAGCAUCAUUAUCGAGAUUAGACCCUAAAUGUUCAUACAAUGCGAAUUAUUUGCAGAAUGUCUUUGCCACUAUUGAUGCGUUUGCUAAAUACGAUAACGUCCUUGGGUUUUUCGCUGGUAAUGAAGUUAUCAAUGAUGUCAACAAUACGUUUACCGCACCAUAUGUUAAGGCUGUUGUGCGUGAUAUGAAGAAAUACAUGAAAUCUCAGAAUUAUAGGCAAAUUCCCGUCGGUUACUCAGCUGCUGAUAUUGCUUCCAAUAGAGAGUUAGCAGCUCAGUACUUUAACUGUGGUGAUGAGGACGAUGCUAGGAUUGACAUGUUUGGUGUUAACGAUUAUUCUUGGUGCGGUGAUUCAAGUUUUGAAAAAUCCGGUUAUUCGACUAAGGUGGAGACUUACGAAAACUAUUCCAUCCCCAUCUUCUUGAGUGAAUUCGGUUGUAACCAAGGAGUUUCUGAUGGUAGGCCUUUCACUGAAAUUGGUGCAAUUUAUUCCGAUAAAAUGUCGUCUGUGUUCUCUGGUGGAUUGGUGUAUGAAUACUCAGGAGAAGCCAAUGGUUACGGAUUAGUAGAUAUUGACGGUGACUCUGUUUCGAAGAAUCAAGACUACCAAAAUUUGAAAAAACAGUACGCAGCCCAGUCGAACCCUUCUGGUGAUGGUGGUUAUUCCACUUCUAAAAAGCAUUCAGAUUGCCCAUCAUACAAGAAAGACGUUUGGGAAGCUAACAACACAAUUCCUGAUAUGCCUAGCGCGGCUUCUGCUUAUUUCAAAAAGGGUGCUGGCACCCCACAGGGUACGAAGGCAUCCACUCAAAAUGAUUGUGGUUCCGAUGUUCACGUAGUACCAGCAGGUGGGAGUGAUAGCUCCGAUAGCGGUAACGGCAAUAACAGUACGUCUUCAAGCGGUGGUAGUAGUAGCAGUACCAGUACCAGUAGUAGUACGAGUGGCAUUAGUAGCCAUAAAAGCAGUUCUUCUGCUUCCAUUACUACUUCCACCAAAGGUGAUGCUUCCACUAAGGGCAAAAAUAACAAGUCUGUGGGAGCUGGUGCUGUCCUACAGGUUCCAUCUUUCUUCCGCGCAAUGGCCCAAGUUGUUGACUUAGUUCUUUGA